AUGGCAGAUGCACUUCCUGUUAAGCCCAUGGCUACACCCACACCUAUAGUAGCACCUCUCGAGUGGCCUGAAAACAUGACGACCACUGAAGGCAUCGUCCUCGCCGUCCUGCCCUUUAUGGCACUCGUGCUGUGCUACGUCAUGCUUCGACUCGUGUGGCGUGUUCCCACGCCUCUUCCUGUCCGUUCAAAUGCGCCUUCCUACGGCGCUACUGGUGAAUCAUUGCGCCCCAUUACCGCCAAAAAAACGUCGCUGGUUGAAGAAGGAGAAGUGGCUGGAGACUAUGAGGAACACUGGUACAAUACCUUUGACAUUGCGUUCCUUGUAGGCAUGGCCAUUUAUGGCAGUGUAAUGCUGGUCUUAACCUUCUUUUACGAGCCCCAAUGGCUACUAGAAUCUCAUUUUUGGCUCAUGCAAUUGCCCAAACUCGUCGUCAUGAUGGUUGUGUCUCUUAUUGGAGGAAUCAUCUGUCGUUGUUUCUGUGAUGUUGACGAAAAGGGUUACAUUAUGACAAACAAGUCAUCGAAAUUCAAGGUCAAUUACACGAGGAAACUCCAGCAUUUUGCAGCGUACAUGGUGCCAUUGGUUAUCAAGUCGAACUACCAUGGCCCAAUUGCUCUGGCCUGGGGUGAUUUCUUUACAAUGCUCGGCUUCCUCGUUCUUAUCAAACCAAUUCGUGAACAUUCCAAGUUUUUUAUGCUGCAGUUCAAUUCCCUGGACCGUCCAGAAGACCGUCCUAACACGCUCAAGUGGAUCAUUGUAGGCAACAUUGCACCGGGCAUGUUCAUUCUCAUGUUCUUCAAGUGGCUCUUUGCUGCUCAAGGAGCACUGACGUUUAUUCUUGUGUUCAUUACGGGCAUUGGUGAUGGUCUAGCUGAGCCUGUGGGGAUCACGUGGGGACGCCACAAGUAUAAGACACGCAGCUGCUUUUCCAGGAACAAGUACACGCGUAGCUGGGAAGGCAGUGCGUGUGUUUUCCUGUCUGGUCUCGUCUUCCCUGCACUUCAGUACGCGGCUUUCGAUAAUUUCUGGCAAGUUUUGCUAUCCAUGUUGAUUUUGGCGCCGACAAUGGCGUACGCGGAGGCUACUGCUCCACACACGAUGGACACUCCCGUGUUAAUGAUCGGGUGCGGCGUCAUUCUGUAUGCGAUCGUGAACCUCGUUUAA